AUGUCUCUCUCCCGCCGUAUUCUCACCACAACUCGCCUUCCGGGCCUCCGCAUAACAUCAUCUAUCCGUUGUCAGUGGGGUCAAAAAUCACGAGAUUGUCGACACUUUCAAAGCUAUGCCCGACUUCUCGAAGCGCCUCGAAACCCAUACAAAGAUGAGGAAAACGUUAGCAAAGCACCAAAGAUUGUCAGAGGCGCGAGUAAAGUAUAUAAGAAUGCUGAUGAGGCCGUUGCGGAUAUCAAGAGUGGAUCGACGAUUUUGAGUGCGGGGUUCGGAUUGUGUGGAACAGCUGAAACAAUUAUCGAAGCGUUAGAAAGAAGAGGACCAGAAAGUCUUCAUUCCCUAACCGCCGUUUCCAACAACGCUGGAGCAUCGAUACCAGGUGGUCUAGGCGCCUUGACACAAUCCGGUCAAGUAAACCGUUUAAUCUUAAGUUUCAUCGGUAGCAACAAGGUUCUCGAGAAGAAAUAUCUCGAGGGAAAAAUCGCUAUUGAAUUAUGUCCCCAGGGAACUAUUGCUGAGAGAUUGAGGGCUGGUGGGGCUGGUAUCCCGGCUUUCUAUACGCCUACCGGUGUUAGUACACUGUUACAGACGGGUGGUAUUCCCACUAGACUGGGUCCCCCAGCAGAAGGCUCAAAAGAAAAUACUGUCUUGGAGAAAGGACAAGUAAGAGAAACUAGAGAGUUUGACGGCAAGACUUAUUCGAUGGAAAAAGCUAUCAAGGGAGAUGUUGCGAUUCUCCGAGCAUGGAAAGUUGAUGAAGUUGGAAACUGUCAAUUCAGAUACACCACUAGAACAUUCGGACCUAUCAUGGCCAAGGCUGCUAAAGUCGCUAUCGUUGAAGCCGAAGAGAUCGUACCAGUUGGAUCGAUUGCUCCAGCUGAUGUUCAUCUUCAAGGAAUCUAUAUCGAUCGUAUUGUUCCAGCUACCGUUGCUAAGAAAUUAGAAUUGAAGAAGACUCGUGCACCAGAAGGUAAAGAAGAUAGUUCGAAUAAAUCAGAUGCAAUUAUCAGAAGGGAUAGAAUUGCCCGGAGAACUGCAAAGGAAUUGAAGAAUGGUUACUAUGUCAACCUUGGUAUUGGUAUCCCAACUCUUGCACCUUCUUUCUUGUCUCCUGAAACAAAGGUGUGGAUUCAAUCCGAAAAUGGUAUUUUGGGAAUGGGUGCAUAUCCAACCGAAGAAGAAGUUGAUCCCGAUAUCAUCAACGCCGGUAAAGAAACCGUAACUCUCAUCCCGGGUGCCUCUACUUUUGAUAGCGCCGAAUCCUUCGCUAUGAUCCGUGGUGGCCAUAUCGAUGUCUCUGUUCUCGGAGCACUCCAAGUGGGAGCUAAUGGCGAUUUGGCAAACUACAUGAUUCCUGGAAAGAUCUUCAAAGGAAUGGGCGGAGCAAUGGAUCUCGUCUCCAACCCUGACGAAACUAAAAUCGUCGUCGCAACAGAACAUGUUGCAAAAGACGGAAGCGCAAAGAUCGUUCAAGAUUGCAGUUUACCUUUGACUGGAGCAAAGGUCGUCAGCACUAUUAUUACUGAUUUGUGUGUAUUCGAAGUCGACAGAAUCAAUGGCGGUCUCACAUUAACCGAGUUGGCACCUGGUGUAGAUGUUGAGGAGGUUAGACAAAAGACCGAUGCUAAGUUCGAGGUUGCAAGUGAUAUUAAGAGUAUGGAGUAA